GAAACCGGGUGCCCGCCCCUUCUCCGAUGCCCAGCAGGUUACGUUGCGCUCUCUCGGUUAGCUAGUUCCUGGUCUGACUUAGGCCCAGGCUCGGCGAAACGGGGGAGGGGUGAGAGGUACUGCUGUUGCUGCUGGCGGCGAGUGACUACUUGGCGGGAGAGGGAAGAAGAGGCCGGAGUCCAGCGCGGGGGGAUGUUGCCCUAAGUGUAACUGCAGCACCGCCGUGACCCUCCUCGCCAUGAUCAUAGAGAACGUGGACGCGCUCAAGUCCUGGCUGGCCAAGUUAUUGGAGCCAAUCUUCAUUUUCUCCACUGGCUGUGGGACAUUAGCAUGAAGAUCAAGACAAAUCUCUGCCAUAACUGCCUGGAACUGGACAAAUCUACAAAACACAAACUACCUGCUGAAAAGUUUAGCUAGCACUGGAGAAGUUAUCCACAGCACAACAUUCAUUAUACAAGAAUAUACUGCAAGGAAUAGUUGAUAGAAACUUUUUCUCCAACCUCAUCACAAAAGUCAUCAUCUAAGAUGUGAUGCUGAUCCAUCAGCCUUGGCUAACUAUGUUGUUGCACUGGUGAAAAAAGACAAGCCAGAGAAAGAACUGAAGGCUUUCUGUGCUGAUCAACUAGAUGUAUUUCUGCAAAAAGAAACAUCGGGUUUUGUUGACAAACUAUUUGAAAGCCUAUAUACUAAGAAUUACUUAGUUCCUAAUGAACCAGUAAAACCUGAUCUAAAGACUAAUCAAGGAAAAGAAGAAAUCAAAGAGGAGGCAAUGAUGCUAACUACUGUGUUAAAGAACGUUAUUCCCAUUUCAGAGACAUUUCAGGAAUCUUUUGAAGAAGAGCGAGAGAACAAAAAGAAGAAAUACACUAGCCCGCAGAAAAAUCGUUCAGAUUCUAAUGAACAAAGAACCAGAGAAAGAAAAAGAGAUGAUGGCAAAUGGAGAGACUACGAUAGAUACUAUGAUAGGAAUGACUUAUAUAGAGACAAAUAUGACUGGCGAAGGGGAAGAAGUAAGAGUCGUAGUAAAAGCAGAGGGCUAAGUCGAAGUCGGAGCCGCAGUAGAGGUAAAAGCAAAGACCAAGAUACAAACAAAGACAGGGAUGCUGGCAGAAAUAUUGAUCACAGAGAACGAGCCAAAUUCAAGUGUGAAAGAAGUGACAUGGAGAGUUCAUACAACCCUGUGUCUUUGUCUUCCAUAAAUUCAGCUGAACAGUAUUCCACUGGAGCCCAGUGUAUUCCUAGUGCUGUUACUGUGAUUGCACCUGCUCACCAUCCUGAAAAUACCACAGAAAGCUGGUCAAAUUACUAUGGCAAUCAUUCCGCACCUAAUUCCUUUGGCAGGAAUAUUCCACCAAAAAGGCGGUGUCGAGAUUAUGAUGAGCCAGGGUGGACGUGGCUGGGGGGGGCCUCAUCCGGCCCGCGGGCCGCCUGUUUGACACGCCUGCUUCAUAAAGAAAAAUAUUCAAAAGGAUUGCAGUUUUAUCAAGAACGAGGAUUUUGUGUACUUGGUGAUCUUUGUCAGUUUGAUCAUGGAAAUGACCCACUAGUUGUAGAUGAAGUAUCUCUGCCCAGCAUGAUCCCUUUCCCGCCACCACCUCCAGGACUUCCUCCACCUGGAAUGCUGAUGCCCCCAACCCAAGGCCCAACCCACAACAUGAGAAUGCCAGGCCCACAGUUACAUCCUCGGCCACCACCACUUGUUAGAAUCCCCAUACCAAGACCUCCUUCAUCUCAAUCCAGUUUAAUUAAUAGCCGUGACCAGCCAGGAACAACUACAGUGCCCAGCCUUGCACCAAUGGGGGCAAGGCUACCUCCUCCACUACCCCAAAGCCUACUGUAUUCAGUAUCAGAACAUACAUAUGAACCAGAUGGCUAUAAUCCAGAAGCCCCUAGUAUUACUAGUACUGGUAGAUCUCAAUAUCGACAGUUCUUUUCAAGGACUCCAAUGCAACGUCCAAAUCUUAUUGGCCUAACAUCUGGUGAAAUGGACACAAAUCCAAGAGCUGCUAAUAUUAUCAUACAGACCGAGCCUCCAAUUGGAAUUGCAAGUAACAGCAGUAACGUAUCCAGGGUGGUGCUUGAGCCAGACAACAGGAAGAGAAUUUCAAACACUAUGGAAGGGCCAUCUCCAAAGAAACCGUGGAUUGGAAAACAAACUAAUAACCAAAAUAAGCCAGGGUUCCUGAAGAAGAGCCAGUAUACUAAUACUAAAUUGGAAGUUCGUAAAAUACCACCAGAAUUGAACAAUAUUACUCAGUUGAAUGAACAUUUCAGCAAAUUUGGGACAAUUGUCAACAUUCAGGUUGCCUUUAAGAAUGAUCCUGAAGCUGCUCUAAUUCAGUAUUUAACAAACGAUGAGGCCAGAAAAGCUAUUUCUAGCACAGAGGCAGUGUUGAACAAUCGGUUUAUACGAGUAUUGUGGCACCGGGAAAGCAGUGAGCAGCAGCCCUUGCAACAGCAGCAUCUGCCACAACCACAGCAACAGCAGCAGCAGCAGCCGGCACUGACACCAUCACCUCUUCAUCAACUGCAUGUCCAGCAACAGGUUCUGACACAGCCCCCACCUGUAACAGUGCACAGCAGUAUGCCAAAGGUGGUUAAACCAUUAGCUGCAGGCGCCUAUGUCUUUAACAAGGUUCCAGUUAAACAUCGACUUGGAACAACCAGUGGAAAUCAGCCAGAUUCUCAACAUGUAUUACUUAGCCAGUCCAAUGCUACUACAGAGGAUGUUCAGUUGUUUCCUUCUUCAACAACACAUACAAAGAUGGUUUACAGUUCCUCCAAUUUGAAAACAGGAAAUAAGUCUGGUACAGGAAAUAAAUCUCAUGAUGUCCAAGAAGUUCUUAAAAAGAAACAGGAGGCAAUGAAAUUGCAACAAGAUAUGAGAAAGAAACAGCAGGAAAUGUUGGAGAAACAAAUAGAAUGUCAAAAGAUGCUAAUAUCAAAAUUGGAAAAAAAUAAAACCACGAAACCAGAGGAAAGAGCAGAGAUUAUGAAGACUCUGAAAGAGCUAACAGGGAAAAUUUCACAGUUGAAAGAUGAAUUAAAAACCUCAUCCGUUGUUUCUACAUCAAAGCUAAAGUCUAAAACUGAAGCACAGAAAGAACUCUUAGAUGCAGAAUUGGACUUACAUAAAAGAUUGUCUUCUGGGGAAGAUACAACUGAACUGAGAAAAAAACUUAGCCAAUUACAGGUGGAGGCGGCUCGUUUAGGUAUCUUACCUGUUGGUCGGGGGAAAGCAAUGUCAGCUCAAACUAGAGGAAGAGGACGAGGUCGUGGAGGGAGAGGAAGGGGUAUUGUGAAUCACAUGGUAGUGGACCACCGCCCCAAAGCACUAACGAUUGUUGGCUUUGUGGAAGAAGAGAAAGAUGAAGUGUUGCAACAUUUCUCACAAUUUGGAGAUAUUGAAGGUCUUCAAGAGGAAGAAUCUCCUUUAAGUGUUGUUUUGACAUUUAAAUCCCGCUCUGAAGCUGAAAACGCUGCCAAUCAAGGAUUAAAGUUUAAAGACCGACGACUUCAGAUAUCAUGGCAUAAACCUAAGUUACCAUCUGUGUCUACAGAAACUGAGGAGGAAGAGCCCAAGGAAGAGGAGACAGAAACAUCGGAUUUAUUUCUACCUGAAGAUGAUGAUGAUGAAGAUGAAGAUGAAGAUGAAUCUCGCUCUUGGAGAAGAUGAAACUUCAAGAGGAAGCAUAUAAUUUUAGAAUUGUUCGAACUCAGAUUUUUUAAAAAUAUUUAAAGGAAAUCCAUGAGCCAAAAAUCUGUUUUUGUUUUUCAUUUUAUAUAUAUAUAUAUAUACAUAUAUAUAUACACACAUUAAAAUAACAAAUGUGUUUGAUAUGUAAACUUAGCAAGUAAGUAGCUAUGAUCAGCCAAAGGCCCAGAGCUUCUAUAAAGCUGUAAAAUGGUUGUGAUCUUAUAAAAGUAAAAUAUAUUAGUCUUUCAAGCCCAAGUUUUGUUCAUUCUGAUUUUAAAAUAGCAAUUUGUUUUAUUAAAUAUCAAUGACUUCGUAGUUUUUAUUAGCAAUGUGGAAUCUGAGAUGAGAACAAUGUCAAAUUCGUCAACAUUGUCUAGAAUUUGCUAAUUCAGAAUUCCUUUCAUUGGGUGGCAGGCAGCUUAAGUAAAUCUCAAUUGAAAAACAAUCAGGAAUUGCACAUACGUUUGUGAAGGAGCCGUUUUUCCUAUAUUCCACUAUCUGGAAUAUGGUUGUUAGAAUAAUAGUAGUUCUUGCCAGCAUUGGUGAUAGUGACUCCUUUUUCUAGUGUUUUGUUUCUUUCCCAUCUUUAAACAUUCUUUUAAUUACCAUUAGGAAUGCAACUGACCCAAGCACUUCUGCUCUGAUUUCACAUUUUAGUUCGGUGGAGCUGUCAGCCUUAAAAUCUAUUAAAAAUGACCACAGUAGGAAUAUUUUUUUAACAGUAUUGGUAAUGUGAAAUUAUUUGUUUUGAUAAUGACCUAUUUCUAAAACUCUUUUCAGGGUAAUUAAUGGCUGCAUUUUAUUUUUUAAGGAAAAGCCAAUGCACUGUUCCAAGUGAUAUAUUUCCUGCAACCCAUAGAAUUGCAAAAUAAAAACAAUUUUGUUUUAAAAUAAUAGAUACUAAACCAGCACUUAAAAUAAUAUUGCGAGUUCAAGUUAUAACACAUUAAAAAUUAAUAUUGAGUUGAGGAAAAAAAGUAAAACACUGGUUUAAGCAAUUUUUUUUGUCUGCAUGCUGAUAAAAAUGUGUCUAGUCUUCCCCCUUUUUUUAAAAAAAAAAAAAAAAACACCAAAUAGUUCAUGGUGUAAAUUUGGUAGACAUUAUAUUACAUUUUUUUUACUGCAAGGGCAAUAGAUCUUUAUAACCCAUGUCUCUUGCUGCUAUGAAGUCCAAAUAUGUCCUCCUGUGGGACAUCUCUUAGUGCUUUUGUAUACUAUCUCAUGGUCAGUGAUGUGGAAAUGUGGCUGUCUGAUACAGCUCCCCAGAUAGCCUACUAUAGGACGCACUGACUGUGAAUUUAAGGACAAUAGUUUAAAAAACUCUUGAAGGGCCAUUGUUUAUCCCCAUCCUAGCCAUAGAUAAGAACAGCAUGUUAUGCAAGGACCAUAUGAUGUCACUGCAUUUAAGUUAAGAUUGAUGAAGCAAGGCAAACAUUACUGUAUCAAUUCCCAUGGCACCUCAGCAUUCAUUAAUUCGAAAAUUUAAUUAUAUUUUUCAGGGUUUAGGGUUCAGAUUAGCAUAGUGGUAUUUAAUUGAAUCCAAGUAUCCGAACUACUAAGUUGGUUUCAUGUUUCUGGUCUUGCUGCCGGAACUUUUUUCUUUUCUUCCUCACACUUUGGGAACUAUGUACAUUGUUAUAAAAGCACAUCCCGUUUGAAUUCCAUCCAUAAGUGAGUAAGAGUGUAUGCUACCAGCUCUUAUUUGCCCUUUAUGUAAAGGCCUUUGUGUUCUAGAUUAUUGCUACAUUCCUACUAAUGUUGAAUCUCAGUGAAUUAAGUUAUAACAAUAAGGCACGAAUAUUGCACACUCUUUACCAGGCAAAGCCUUGCUUUUCUCCCAUUGCCUGUGAUAUCUAGAAUGCUUGUGGCUCAGUAUAUGGCCAUCACAUAUAUUGACCCAGCAAGAAAAACGCUUGAAUCUGAACAGUUAGUUAAUAAUAGAGGGAACAAAGGAUUUAUGUAUACAUAUAUAGAGAUACAUGUGUAUAUAUGUAUAUGUGUGUGUGUGUGUAUAUAUAUAUAUAUAUGGAAAGAGAAAUAUAUACAUAUACAUACAUAUAUAUAUAUAUAUACAUACACAUAUAUAUAUAUAUAUAUUGUACAGGGUUUUUUCUUAGAACUGUAUAAUUUUGUAAAUAUUUUUGCUUUUUUUGUGUACUAAAAACUACCAGCAUCUAGAUUUCCAUAAGAAUUCUUAUGUAUGUAUUUUUGUAUCUGGAAGAUUACAGUUGACUGAACGAAGCUGUAAGAGAAAUUUCCUUAGCUUUUGGAACAGUUAGACUGGAUGGGAUUCCUUUUCAUAUGGUUUUAAAUAACUUUUGUUAGCAUGCUGUUCAGGACAGAAUGAAUAUCUUUACUCAAAGUGUUAGCUUUUUUCAUAGAGAAGAGAUAGGGGCCAACAGAGAGAUUUAUUAAAUAAACUUUUUCCCAUCUUUGCUUUCUUUCCUGUUUUUUUAAAUGUAAGUUGACACACAUAAAUCCUCUAGUGACAGCGUAAAUGUAAUUUCUCAUCCUACAAGCACAAAACUUGAGUUGUGCCCCUAAAUUUAUGUAUUGAAAGCAUACUAUUGUGUUACUGAGAAUGUAAGUACUGAGCAGCAUAGUGAUAACUCACUUAAAAAGAAAAUAGGAAACUAGUUCAAAGUGACCUUCAUUUUGAUGUAGCUAUGAAUCUCCCUGUGUUGUGUAUUAGAACUUGGUUAAAAAAAAAACUAAUGUGUUAACUGGGUAACUUCUGGUACCACCUGCUGUGAAAUUGUCCCUUUAAUAGUCAUAAGCCAUAACAGAAAGCAUAGUAUAAAUAUACCUGCAAAGUACCUUGAAAGCUAGGAAUUCUAAUAAAACUUCACUAUAUAUAUAAAAUAUCCCUUUCUAACCAGUUAGCAAUGUAUCACUCUAUUGACAUUGAAAAGAAUGUCAUAAUGUAAAUGCUCAGUGAAUCAUCCCCUUAAAGCUUUACAGAUAUUAAUACUACUACUAUAUAAACUGUCGGUUUAAUUGUGGUGUAUUUUUUAAUCCUUACAUACAAAAAUGCACAGCAUCUGAAACUUUUCAAAAAAACAAUAACCCUUAAUCACCCACAUACAGUGGAGAUG